AUGGCAUCCGGGAGGCUUGUAAGACAAAAAAACAAAUCAACAAGUUUCCAAACUCUUUUCGAUCAAAUUCUGUGCCGAUCAUAUAAGUUUUACAAAAGUUCUGUAACGUCAGACGAAAAUAUACUCCAACUGCUAGAUGUUUUAGAUAGUUGUCGUAAUAAGUGGAAAAGUACUUUCAUAAAACUCUAUUCUGUUCUCUGUGCUCAAAAGUCAGAAGUUAAACGACUGACAAAUCUACAGACCCACACGCAAGCUAUGUUCGAGGCUGAAGUUCAAAAACGACGUCGUAUAGAGCGAUCAAGGAAAUCCCUCGAACACAAAAUCAAUAUGAUAAGACAAGUGCUACUUGUUAAUGAUGUCGAUAGCGCCAGACGUCAUCUUGAUGCGAUUGAUAAUUCAACGAAUGAAAUCGACCAGUCUUGUAAUGAGUGGUCAGUAGGUUCUCCAGCUGUGAACACUAAUACGCCUAUUGAUUCAAGUUCCGCAGUCAAAAAUGACCGUAAUAGCGGUCGUCCAUCAAAGAAAUUAGGUAGAGCUAGUUCGGUCGGUCAUACUGGGGCUGUCAGACGUUCUGCAACAAAACAAGAAUUACGAUGUGCUUCUGUGCAAAAGUUUAUCACACGCCGUUCAGGAGAAAAUUUAUCCUCGAAAUCUCCUCAGUGUAGUAGUGCACAGAGAUUGGGGACCAUAAAUCGUUUAAAUCGCCCUCACAAUUUUGUUUCGCGAACGGUACUAAGAAUGGAGGUGUGUAGCGCUUGUGGUCGGCGCAUUACUUUUGGUAAAGCCUCUUACAAAUGCUUGGUUUGUCGUCUUGUAGUACAUCCGACAUGCCGACAACAGCUUAUUCAAACUUGUGUACCACCAAGUGUACCACGUGCACAUUUCACUCCUCAAACAAGUGGUCGCAAUCUACAUACACCCCAUAAUACUUCAGCGUACAUUCCUAUUUCACAGCUGACCCAACCUCAUAAUCAUGGUUAUGUGGAUCCAGUACUUUCUAGUCCAACAUUCGCCAAUCGAAUGAGAUCACGUAAUUUGAGCUUAUCUUUAUUAUGUCCAUCUGACCAGUUUCCACGGAUACCUGCUCUGGUAAUACAUUGCGUGAAUGAGGUUAUGGCUCGUGGUAUGAAGACUGUUGGACUUUAUCGCGUCUCCGGUUCCGAAAAGCAAGUUCGAGAUUUAUAUGAGAAAUUUCUACGCAGUCGAAGUACACCAAGCUUGGCAUUAAUAGAAGAUAUACAUGUAGUCUGUGGAUGUUUAAAGUUGUUUUUGAGAAGUUUAGAAGAACCUUUGGUAACUUAUCUUCAAAGACCAAAUUUAAUCGGUGCUAGUGAACAGUAUUCAAAUAAUCCAACAAAAGCACAUGAUUGUGUUUUAAAUGUCUUAAAAAACCUACCAACACCUAAUCGACACACUCUAUCAUUCAUCAUACUUCAUUUAAAGGUUGUGUCCAAAACGUCACUAUGUCAAAUGGGUGAGGAGAAUUUGGCAAAAGUUUUCGGUCCGACAUUAGUUGGUUAUUCUUGCCCAGAGCCUCAAGUGAUGCAAGCUAUCUCUGAGACAAAACCGCAACAAGAUGUUGUACGACUACUUUUCAGUAUUCCUGACGAUGUCUACUCAUCAUUUCUAUCGGAUUGGGAUAAUACUUUUGAGGAUAAUGGUGAAAUACGUGCAACUUACUUCGCAUCUUUAGCUGCAGAUAUGAAUUCAUCGGAAUUAACACCGAAUUCAAAUAAUAAUCGAUAUGGUGACGUGGGAGGAUCUACUCCGAAAGGAUUUUUACCUAACUUGUUAUCAUCAUUUCGAGAUAUAUCUAGUUAG